AUGGCCACUCCCGCUGCCCUUCCGCCGCUACCCUUCAACCCGUCGAGGGUACGAUCUUACGUCCUCCGCCUACCGCUUUUCACUCGGCUCGUGCUUCUAGCGAUUAUUGUAUUCUGGCUGCUGGAGCUUCAGACAAUCUGGAGUGUGGUACAAUGGGGCUCCGUGAUACCAGAGGAGGUUGGAUUCGGCACUAUGUACCGUCUUAACACCUACCCUUUCAUCCACUUGGGAUUCUUCCAUGCCUUCUUGAAUAUACUGGCGCUCACGCCCUUGUUGGAGCGCUUUGAGGCCGAGCAUGGCACAUUGACCGCUGUUGCGCUGUUCAUUGGGCCCCUUUCUACGCUCCCUGCAGGCAUUUAUAUUCUGAUUGAGAAGUUUGUUUUGCAUAGGAAUACUGCGGUCGUGGGUUCAAGUAUCUGGGUCUUCCUUCUCCUGGGCUCCGAGGCCAUUCGGACCUUCAAGUCAAACCCCUACUUCAGUCUCGGGUCGACCAAGAUUCCCACGUGGACCUCGCCCCUGUUCGCUUGCGCUCUUGUCUCGAUUCUUGUGCCGAAUACCAGUUUUCUUGGCCAUCUAUGCGCCAUCCUGGUUGGAUACUUGCUCGGCCUUGGGGUCCUCAAGAUUUUCGUUCCCCCGGAGAAGGUUUUGAGAUGGAUUGAGGGCAAGCUUAACCUACUCGGAAGACUGCCACACUACGUCUCAGCGGAUCAGAAGACGUACGGCCGUUAUGGUGUUCUUCCUACAACUACCACCGGCGGAGAAAGGGGAACCCCGAUGAGCUUCCUCGGCUCAUCGCAACGCCUUGGUCCGUGA